AUGAGGAAGGUGACAGCCUCCAUCUCUGAGCUCGCCUGCAUCUCCUCGGCCCUUAUCCUGCACAACAAUGAGGUGACCGUCACAGAAGAUACAAUUAAGGCAGCCGGUGUCAGUGUUGAGCCUUUCUGGCAAAUGGUCAGCCCUGGUAGCCCCAUCUGCAAUGUGUGUGCUGGUGGACCUGCCCCAGGCACUGGGGCCUCACCGGCUGGCAAACCCACCCCCUCGACUGCUGCCACUCCAGCUGAGAAGAAAGUGGAAGCAAAGAAAGAAGAAUCUGAAGAGUCUGAUAAUGACCUGGGAUUCGGUCUUUUUGACUAA